AUGGGGAUCUCCAUUGUGUGGAUCAUGCUAAUGUCUAUGUACGCGUUACAUUCAGUUAAAUGCGAUUGUGGUGGAAAGGCAGAUAUCAUAUUUGCCAUUCCAGGAAAUCUUGAAAUUCCCGGAGAAGAGUUUUUCCCAUUUGAACGCUUUUUAGUUAUGUUAGCGGAUCAUUUUGUUUUGAAUAGUGAAAAUAUAAAUAUUGGACUAAUUCUUUACGGCAGCGAACCUAUCGCAAUAUCAUAUCCACAGCCUUUCAGAAACCAGGCAGCUACAAAUGCCAGGAUUACGCUGAUGUCACAACGAAGCUUGUACGUAAAUAAACUGUAUGGAAGAUCUGAUGUCACGAGCGCUCUGACACUUAUGCGUCACAUGUUUCAAAACCCUGCCGGCUUCCCAUUGGUCAUGCCCAGACCCGGUGUGAAAAAAAUUGGCGCCAUAUUUACUAAUGGCAGAAUGGAAGUUCAGGAGACUCAAGCUGUAAUAAACGCAACAUAUGGCUUAAAAAGUGAUAAUGUUACCAUGUACGUGAUUGGUCGAGCUCCAAUUGGACCAGAAUUCCUGGAAAUUGGUUCUGAUCCUUGUAAACUCUUCUCCAUGGAAAGCUUUAUCGAUGGCCUUCCAAGUCUCCUUCCAUACUUAGGAAGCAGCAUUUGUACAGAACUGGAAUCAACUACAAAUGUUACAGAACAGAACUGCUUUCCAAAGUUCUGGCAGCCUGAUCCAAACCCUCCAGUCGUGUGUCCUACACUUAACGCUAUGUUCCAAGAUCCCUACAACUGCGCCUAUUACUAUAAGUGUUUUCAAAACAUUCCUAUCAGAGAAGCGUGCCCAGAUAACAUGCUGUUUGACAACAACAUUAAGACCUGUAACUUGAAGGAGUCGGUGGGUUGCUUCACUCAGGUGCAGUGUCCACAACCUGUAGGACUAUUUCGUCAUCCAUUCGACUGCACUAAGUUCGUAAACUGUUUUGACAACAUCCCAUAUAUCCAGAGAUGUAAUGCAAUGCUCUACUUUGAUGAGGAGGAACAACGAUGUCGAGACAGAACAAUGGUGAAUUGCCCUGUUCACUAG